AGGUUAUUGCUUUCCUCUCGGCUUUGGGCUCGGAGCACAGCGCUGGACCGCCUGCCCCAUACAGCCUUUUGUUUGCUCCUGGGACAGAGAGCCUGUAGACUAGAGACACUUUAUCUGUCCACCUUUUAAAACAGACUUCAGCUCCAAACAUCUCUCGUCGUCUCCUCCACUCUCCGCAGUCUGCUGUGCACUAUGAAGGACAUGGGCACAUUUGGAGAUGGCAGCAGACUCAUUUGGAGCAGGGGGGAGCGAUGCCCAGCAGAGCUUGCAGUCCUUCUGGCCCAGGGUCAUGGAGGAGAUCAGGAACCUCACUGUGAAGGAUUUUCGCGUGCAGGAGCUUCCACUUGCUCGCAUCAAGAAAAUCAUGAAGCUGGAUGAAGAUGUGAAGAUGAUAAGCGCUGAGGCUCCAGUACUGUUUGCCAAAGCGGCUCAGAUCUUCAUCACAGAGCUCACUCUCAGAGCCUGGAUCCACACUGAGGACAACAAACGACGCACACUACAGAGGAAUGACAUAGCCAUGGCCAUCACAAAGUUUGACCAGUUUGACUUCCUCAUUGACAUCGUCCCAAGAGAUGACCUCAAGCCCCCUAAACGACAGGAGGAGGUGCGUCAGUCUGUAACCCAGGCAGAACCUGUGCAGUACUACUUCACUCUGGCACAGCAGCCUGGGGCUGUACAGGUGCAGGGACAGCAGCAAGGCCAGCAGGUGGCCACACCUACCGCUACCACUCUCCAGCCUGGACAGAUCAUCAUCGCCCAACCUCAGCAGGGCCAGGUGUUGCAGGGGACCACCAUGCAGCAGCUACAGCAGGUGCAGGUAGCUCAGUCACAAGCUACCCCCAUCACGAGUGCUCCGGUGACCAUGCAGGUAGGCGAGGGUCAGCAGGUACAGAUCGUUCAGGCGGCUGCGCAGGGGCAGGCGCAGGCUCAGGCAGCACAACCUGCAGGCCAAACCAUGCAGGUUAUGCAGCAAAUCAUCACCAGCACAGGAGAGAUCCAGCAAAUCCCUGUGCAGCUUAACACCGGCCAACUGCAGUACAUUCGCUUGGCUCAGCCAGUCUCAGGAACACAGGUCGUUCAAGGACAAAUACAGACACUUGCAACCAAUGCUCAGCAGAUAUCGCAGACAGAAGUACAGCAAGGACAACAGCAAUUCAACCAGUUCACUGAUGGUCAGCAGAUGUACCAGAUCCAGCAGGUGACAAUGCCGGCAGGGCAGGAGCUGACUCAGCCUAUGUUCAUCCAGUCCACCAGUCAGACAGCCGACAGCCAGGUCACUACGCAGGUCAGCGCAGACUGAGGCUCUUGCUGCCAAUCCGGUCAUCACCAGCGCAAUAACACUGCUCCAGACCAUCUGAAGGAGAGGGGUCCCCACUGUCAACACCAGUAUCAACAUCCACAUAUCACAUCCAAGCUGCUCACAGCUAAACAAGCCUCGCAUCUUUCUAGUCCUUUUUCAUGCAGGGUCAUGUGUAAUGGCAUUUCCUAAUGGUGACCAACACGUCUAAUUGCUCUAAUUACACUUACCCUCACCAACCUGAAUCUUCAGCUUUGACUUGCGUACCGUCCAAAAUUGUUUUUCUGCUUAAACCGUUGGUUUGGGUUUGCUAAUUCAGUUUUCAGAUUACCACGUUGUGGCAGAAGGUAAUUUUUCCUUUUGUCAUGUUAUUCCUCUUCAGUGCUCCUGACUACAGCUGUGGGGUCAUCCUCAUUACUUUAGUUCACUCUACACCCACCAAAUGUCUCAUGACACGUUUGCAUCCUUUGGUCUUGCUGUCAUUAAGUAAGAGUUGCACAAGCUAACUGAGUUCCCAUUCUCCUGCCUUCAGCCUGUAAGUCAUUCCAUGCAAGUGUGCAGUUGUAAUUAAGGCUGUUGUCUUUUCAGACUGCGUGAUGGGAAUGGUGUGUCUAUUCAUGGCUUAGUUUUCCAAAAGAUAUAUGGAAAUGCAGGCAUCACCUAUAAAAUGAUGAAUAGUUGUUAUGCUGUGAAGCUCCUGGGUGACCCCUGGUUUACUUCUCUUCAUACAAAUACCACAAAUGAUCCGGUCUUCCCCACAGUGUAGUUAGAGCCUGCCCUUGUUGCAUCAGUCUGAUUAUUGAAUGAAGGCAAGGGUAGAAAGUUCUCUUUUGGUUCUGGACUCUGGCGUCUUCUUUGCCUUCAGUGUUUACAGUGACAAGGCCUGCAGUAACCUGCCUUUAGGGUUUAUGUAGUCUUGAAUAAAAGCUUAGCUUAUCUCCUGGCUCACGUUUAUUUUAAGCCCAUCGAUCAUGACAUCUUGUGUGUAGAAUUCAAACUUGAUGACAAAGCCAUAAUCUACACAUCCUGUACACAAUUAUCUCUGUAGUUUGUAUAAUAACUGUUUGUAGUUCACUUUUAAUUGUAUUGGUUCUGUUCCACGUAGUAUCUUGUAAAGUUUUCAUAUUUGAUAAUGUGAUACUGCUGAAAGGGCUUCUUAUUGUUGGGUUUUCUACAUGCAAAGUGGUGUGCGCAUGCGUGAGUGUGAUUGAGCGGUUCAGUAAAGGAUGUGGCGUCCAUAGGUGUGAGAGUGUGAUGGUGUGUGUUCUCUCCAGUGUUUGAUGUUGUGCAUUAAAGCCUGUCUCUGGACCAGAUGUGAAAAGAUGUCUUUCCUCUCUUUCCUUCUCUUCACUUCUGACUGUGGAAACUGCUCCCUGUUACCCCUUGUACAAACUAUUUGUUGUUGAAAUGAUACUCUUUUAUAUACACAUUUUAAAACCAGUUGUAACAAUCAAAUGGAUUUUUGAAUUAUUAUUUUUUUGGA